AAGAACUGAAAUUUUGCUAUUUGUAGCUUCACACAGACAAGCAUUAGCCAGCCGCAAUAUGGAUAAAAAGAUCUCUUCGACGUCGCAACCGCGAAUUUUAAAAAAGAAGCAUUUCAGAGUAAAACAUCAAAAAGUAAAACUGUUCAGAGCCAAUGAACCGAUUCUAAGUGUAUUUAUGUGGGGAAUAAACCACACUAUAAAUGAAUUAAGCCAUGUAAAUAUACCAGUGAUGCUUCUCCCAGAUGACUUUCGGGCUUAUUCAAAAAUUAAAGUGGAUAAUCAUUUAUUUAACAAGGAAAAUAUGCCGUCACAUUUUAAAGUUAAAGAAUAUUGCCCCCUAGUGUUUCGCAAUUUGCGAGAGAGAUUUAAUGUUGAUGAUGUUGAUUAUCGCGAGUCGAUGACUCGUUCACAGCCGAUACGGAUCGACUCUUCCGGAAAGUCUGGGGCACAGUUUUACCAGAGUUAUGACAAGUUUUUUAUAGUUAAAAGCUUAACAUCAGAAGAAAUUGAGCGUAUGCAUGCCUUUCUAAAGCAUUAUCAUCCGUACGUUGUUGAAAGACAUGGAAAAACUCUUUUACCUCAAUAUUUGGGAAUGUAUCGGAUCACUGUGGAGAGCGUGCAAUAUUAUUUUGUAGUCAUGCGGAAUGUUUUCAGCUCUCAUUUGACAAUUCAUAAAAAGUUUGAUUUAAAAGGUAGUACUGUAGAUCGUGAAGCAUCUGAAAAGGAGCUCGAAAAACAUUUGCCAACAUUCAAGGAUAAUGACUUUAUAAAACAGAAGGUCAAGCUGGAAAUUGGAGACGAACCAAAAAAGAAACUAAUGGAUACUCUAAACAAUGAUGUGGAUCUGCUUACCAAGCUGCACAUCAUGGACUAUUCAUUGCUGGUUGGUGUACAUGACUGUGUGCGAGCGGAAGAGGAAGCUUUGCAGGGAGAUAAUAUCCAAGCUGCUGGACGCAGUGAAAAUAGCGAGAGCGAGGAGUGCGAUAGUGGUGAACGCUGGACGUACAACACGCCUCCAGAUUCACCAAGAGGUGCGCAGUAUAAAGAAGUUGUCUACGAAGUUGAUAUAUACGCCAUUCCAAGUAUUGAAGAAAAACGAGAAAUCUACUUUAUAGCUAUUAUUGAUGUCCUAACGCAAUACGGUGUCAAGAAACAGGCGGCAAAAGCAGCAAAGACCGUUAAGUAUGGUAGUAACGUUGACGGAAUAUCGACAUGUGACCCAGAACAAUAUGCCAAAAGAUUCUUGGAAUUUAUGGAUAAAGCAAUAGAAUAAGAUAUCAUCAGAUAUAAUCAUUGUAUUUGCCACAUUAAAAAUGUUAAAUUUAUACAUAUAAGAUAAACACAAAUAUGAGACAUUAUAAGUAUACCUCUACAUUAGUA